UGAAGACUACAACCUCCAAUCCAAAUUCAUGGCAACCUCAUCUGAAGGACAAAGUACAGGAUCAGAAUUUCACAAAUGGGAUGCCAUCAUCAACCAAAGUAGUAAAACUAAAGAUGGUCCACCUGCUCUUUAUCACCUGAAUCCAAAAACAGACUGUCAUGGAGAAUCUGAAUCAUAUAGAAAAAUCACUUUUGGAGAAAGAGACGAAAACAAACCCCAUAAAAUCAUUCUGCUGGUUGGAGAAACAGGAACAGGAAAAACAACCCUGAUCAAUGUAAUGGUCAACUACAUGCUGGGUGUUCAGAGAAAAGACAAGGUUUGGUUUGAGAUCACAGAUGAUCAGAGUGAAGUAUCAUCAUCUCACAGUCAGACCUCCAGCAUCACUGUUUAUGAGGUUUAUCUACAAGAGAGCCCAAUGGAUUUAACAAUCAUCGACACACCAGGAUAUGGAAACACACAGGGAAUUCAGAGAGAUAAAGAGAUCGCUGUGAGUUUGCUUGGUUUAAGUGAAUCUGAAAAAGGCAUUAAUGAAAUAGAUGCAGUGUGUUUGGUAAUUAAAGCAACUCAGACUCGUCUUGAUUUCAGACAAAUCUACAUAUUUGAUGCAGUUCAGUCUUUAUUUGGAAGCGAUAUGACUGAAAACAUUGUCUUCUUCUUUACAUUCGCACGUGGAGCUAUUCCUAAAAAUGUCCUAACGGCUGUUAAAGAGGAUCAAAUCCAGUGUGCAGUGAAUGAACAGAAUCAGCCUGUGUUUUUCCUGUUUGACAACUGUCAGUCAGACUCUUAUGAUGAAGAAUAUUCUGAGAAUGUUGAUGUACAACAUAAAAUGCUGGAACAAUCAUGGGAAAUCAGUUUUACAGGAAUUAAAAGAUUUUACAGCUUUCUUGACAACAUUAAACCAAAAUCACUUAAGAUGGCCCGAGAUGUGCUUGAACAGGGUAUUCAAUAUGAGAAAAAUAUCUCCAGUCUACAAUCACGUGAUCAAGAGAUGGUAAAGAAGCAAUCUGAGCUGAAACAAACUCUAGAGGCUCUGGAAAAGGAGGAGAAAUAUUUCAAGAAUGAUCAAAACUUUGAGUGUGAAGUUGAAGUGGAGUACAGGGAGAUGGUUGAAGUUACUGAUCCUGCUUUAGCCAGAGGUGUGAUGUGCUGCAUCGACUGUAAGGAGAACUGUUCUUAUGUGGAGUCAUGGUCAAUCAGUUUAUGCAAAUCAACAAAAUGUAUGUCCACACAGUGCACAAAACAAUGCAAACACAUAAAUGGAGCUAAAUAUGAAACAAAGACAAGGGUGGAGAAGAGGAUAAAGGAAGAUUUAAAGAAGCAAUCUGAAGAAAAAAUUACAAACAGUUUGUCUCUGGUCAAGAAGCUGGAGAAAGAACUGCGAGACUUGGAGACGCAAAAAAUAAAGCUGGCUUAUGAAGCAUUUCACUGUGUGGACACUCUGAAGAGGUUCGCUCUCAACACUGAUUCACUGAUCAUACUUCAGCAUGUUGAUUUUCUGAUUGAGAAGCUGAAGGAAAUAAAUGAACCUGAAAAGACAAAAACACUGCAAGACAUGAAGAGUAGAGCAGGAGAAGCAAAACAAAGAGCUCUGGGAUGGAUUAACACAACAACUGGAUUGGUUUCAAAUGAUAAAACAUUACUAUUGGAGUGAUUUUUGUUUUUGUUGUUGUUGUUAAAUGUUAAGGUCCAGAAGGCUGAGAAACUAAAUCACUUAUGAUCCACUCCGCAAAGCUUUUAGUAUGGCCAUUGGUUUGCCUCUUUUUUUUUAAGUUGUACCGUAUAUUUUCAUGCUUAAUUUUGAAAACAUGAUGUAUGUUAUUUACUUUUACACUUACUGUUAACCUCACUUAUAGGAUUUAAACAUAUACUUUAUUUUAACCCAUUAUUUUAACACAACUACUUACUUAAACAAUCACAUUUUUUGUUUCUAUGUUUGUUUUUCCAUGCACCACACAAGACAUACUGUAGUACUGUAUGUAAAUAUGCAUGUUGGUGUAUGUUGGUAAAAAUCAACAUUUAACUCAACAUGAAUGGCAAUUUUUUUUUUAUCUUAGCCAAUUCAGUGUCUUUUUAUUUACUUAGAAGUUUAUGCAAAUACACAAUAUUUUAAUCAAUAAGAUAUUUGUUAGUGUACAACAAAUAUAAAACACAAUAAAUGUUAUGCAUGUAUAGGUCA